AUGACCACGGAGGGAAACCCCACAGCGGAAGGCUUCUCGCACUGUACCCUGUUGGCAAGCGUCGAUGCGUACAGGCCCGAUACGCUCGAUCUUUAUCAGGAUCCGGAGGCGAGCCAAUAUUGGUUCGCUUGCUUCAACGAUAUGUUGUCCAAAUUCGAGCGACAGGCGAUGGCAAGCCAAUCGAGCGAUCCCAGCGCGAAACCCCGUGCUCAAUAUUUCCGGGAACACUGCGUGGAAGUAUUCAACCAGCUGCAGAAGGAUAAACGUAACACGAAAUCAUUAGGCAUCAGAAAUCUGCUGGAGGUGAUUGAAAGCGGACUGCGAAAGUUUGGCUUCGAUGAUCCAUGGAAGGAACAGAAAACACUCGAAAAUAAAGCAUCCAUUGGCCUUCUAAAGAAUCGACUACAACAACUGGAUAGCAUAGCAAGCGAAAGGGAAAAGUGGACCGAAAUUGUCCGUGGUGUAUUAGCUGGUAAUAUGUUUGAUUGGGGCGCUAAGGCUGUGACAAAAAUCUUAGAAGCAAAUAAUGGUUUCGGCCUCCAACAGGCGCUGGAUCGGAUACAAAAAAGACCCUGGUUAAUAGACGAUUUGGACAGCUGGCUCAACAGGAUGGAGCAAGAGCCACCACACCGAUGUGCUACGAUUUUUACGGAUAAUGCUGGUAUAGAUUUUGUGUUGGGUAUUGUACCUUUAGUGCGCGAAUUGUUGAAACGCAACACGAAAGUAUUGCUGUGCGCCACAAUUAACCCAGCGAUCAAUGAUAUAACUUACUCAGAGCUAACCGGGACCAUUGCCGACUGCUGCAAGGAAUGUGAGAUCCUGCAGAACGCCUACAGCGUAGAACAUCGAUUGUUGCUGUACGGCAACGAUCAAAUUGGACCAUGUCUUGACUUUAGAAUGAUAUCAAAAGAUUUAUCGGUGGCCAUCGAACAAAAUAGCGUCGAUCUAUUAAUAAUUGUUGGAAUGGCACGUGCAUUACACACCAAUCUGUACGCGAAAUUCGUAUGCGAAACAUUUAAACUCGCCGUCGUAAAGAAUGAAUGGCUGGCAAACCGGUUAGGUGGAGAAACAUUUUCUGUGGUAUGUAAAUAUGAAAGGUAA